GAACAACCGUGCAUUCGGUGCAAUCACUGGCUCCUUUCUGGGCCCGUGGACGGAAAUUCGACGACGUCAUGUUGGGCUAUAUCACGCUGACACGAUGACUCGGCUGAAUUCCUAGUACUUCCGCAUAUCUAUUGUUGGAGCCCUUUGAUGUGAUGCGGUCUCGUGUUCAAGAAUCACUGGUUCUAUGCCCACCCUAGCUAGGUCCAUCGUUUGUCUCGGACUCGCUUUGAUGUAUGCGAGUCCGAGAUAUUGCUUGAUAACUUCUUGCCACCGUGCGCACCUCAAUUGCCUCCUCCACUUAAGGCUAUGAUUCUCUCAAUUCUGCCGGUUCUACGACAAAUUUCUCGGAAUUAAUUGUCUCGAACGGGCUUUGUAUUCUUGCGUAUAUAUAUAUCCUGUACCUCAGAACGCAGUGCUACUGCUAGGACAUGCCUUACUUUGCUCAUCGACGGUUGUUUCUCUGCCUUUCCUCUCUAUUGGUCUCCACAGCGUCGGCAGUCGUAGAGGUGUCCUUGUCUCUCUCUGUGCCGUCAAACGCUCCGGAACUCUCUCCUAGUCUCCUGUCAUUUUCUAUCGAAGGGGAUAGAUGGACGGACUGGACUGGCACGACUUCAAAGAAUCAGUUUCUUUACAAUGCCUUGGAUAAUCUGAAAACUCUUACCGGGGUACCGCCUAGCAUCAGAAUUGGAGGUGACAGCGAGGAUCAUACUAAUUUCAAUCCGAACGUGGAGUUUUCAGAAGCGAUAUUUCCUGACUUCUCUACGACGGUUCCAUAUCCUGAAGCCACGAAUGUUACCGUCGGCGACGGUUACUAUGAAACGGCCCGCUUUCUUCCGUCUGGAAUGCGUAUAACAUGGGGUGUCAAUUUUGGUCAGGACAACCUUACUGCGGCAUUUCUCACGGCACGUUCGAUGGCGAAGGCGUUUUCAUCUCCUGCUAUGAAAGACGCCGGAGUGACUCUUGAUUUUGUGGAGAUUGGUAAUGAAGCCGACUGGUAUAUUAACAACGGUGCACGUCCGUCCAACUGGACUUCUGUUGAUUAUACACAAGAGUGGACUGAGUUCGCCAGUAAUAUCUCCGAGACCGUAGGAAUGUCUUCGACAUCCCAUACAAAAUUCUUCGUUGGAAGUUUUAUUACUUCGUCCAACUCAACCACCGGGUUUUCACCUCAGGCCAUCUAUGCCGAAGGGAUACUCGACUCUGAACCGGGUGCCUUCAUUACAACUUUUUCGCAGCAUCAAUAUUCAGGUGUCUUCAGCGAAGGUGAUGAGGAUCUUCUACAGGAACUGAUGACGAAGGAAAACAUUCGUGGCAAUCUUUCGGUCCACAGCACAGACAUUGCAGUUACGCACAGCCGAGGCCUGGAUUAUGUCCUUGGAGAAGCCAAUAGCUUUGCCAAUCAUGGUGUAUCGAACGUUAGCAACACUGCUGGAGCUGCACUAUGGGCGUUGGAUUAUACCUUAUUCGCGUCACAGCUGGGAAUAUCUCACGUCUUUUUCCACGAAGGCGUAGGAUACAAAUACAACUUCAUCCAACCUGUUGAAUUGACUAGAUCCAUCCUCGACGGAUCUGCGCUCCCAGAACCUGUAGCUCCUCAUGUUCAGCCUCCAUACUACGCCGCAAUCAUAAUCGGAGAGGCCAUAGGUAACUCUAACCAGACUCAGGCAGUGGAGUUGUCAAUCGACAAUUCUCGUAUCUCUGGUUACGCCUUUUAUGAACACGAUGUUCUCGUCCGUGCCGUUGUCAUCAAUUCUCAAGCAUAUAUGAAAGCAGAAACCACUUCCCGCUCUAGUACUCAUCUUGACCUCGGUUUUUUGGGGGAGAGCGAAUCGCGCCCGACGACUGUGCAGGUCAAAAGACUAGCCAUUGGCCAUGCCGACGACGAUUCUGGGCUAACCUGGGGAGGGCAAACGUAUGAGACAAAUGAUGCACGCGCACAAGGGGAGCUGGAGAUUGAAACCAUGCAGGUCGCAUCCGGAUUGGAUAUCGCCGAAACUGAGGCCGUCCUCCUCUCCUUUAUAUAUUAAAGUUGUUCGGGCUUUAGGUGUUCAUAGUCAAGCCAGAUUGCCAUAGAUAUUAUUGAUAAAUAUUAAGUUUUUUCGCCAC